AUGCAGUUCUCAACAAUCCUCACUGCCAUGCUGAUGGGCGUCGCAUCAGCUGUCGACGUCCAGGUCGUCUACGUGGGAUGGAACCCUGCCAACAACAAGACCGGCAAGAGCUACUGGCCCGAGAAGAUCACCGCCAAGGCCGGAAGCAUGGUCCAGUUCCAGUUCUGGACCGGCAACCACACCGUCACCCAGUCGGGCUUCGAUGCCCCCUGCGAGGCCAUGGCCGACGGCAUCCAAUCCGGCUACAUGCCCGUCGACGCCAGCGCCGCCGACGCCGAGAUCCCCACCUACACCAUCAUGGUCAACGACACCAAGCCCCUCUGGUUCUACUGCGCCCAGGCUACUCACUGCGAGGAGGGCAUGUCCCUGGUCAUCAACGAGAACACCACAUCCGGCAAGACUCUCGCCUCGUACAAGACUUCCUCCGCCGCUCUUCUGGAUGACGGCACGACAACCGGAGGUGACGCCGGCAACGGCACCGACACCGGCUCAGGUUCUGGCACCGACUCCGGCACUGGCACCGGCACCGGUUCUGGAACCGACUCUGGCACCGACUCUGGCACCGGCACCGGCACCGGCACCACGACCGGCGACGCCGACAACGUCGUCUCUGGUGGCUCCAACAGCACCACGGGAACCGACAGGCCCCAGGGUGCCGGAUCUACCCUCGCAAUCCCCAGCUCCAUGCUCAUGCUGGCCGUCGGUGCCGCCUUUGCUCUCCUGUGA